CACAGUAGCCGUGACGUAACGGAUGACGCAAGGCGGCAGCGACCCACCAGACCAGAGGCGGCCGUGGGCCAGUGACUGAACAGUCGGCCUGUUGCAGCGCCUCCACAACGUAGCUGCCCAGAGAUGCGGCCCUGGGGCGCGGUGCCGUCGCUGUCGGUGUGGUGCUGGAGCCUGGCUGCGUUGCUGCAGCUGCAGGCGCCACUGUGCGACGGUCUGCGGGCCCUGGCGCUUUUCCACUACCACGGCUACAGCCAUUGGGCGAUGUUCCGGCCACUGCUGCUGGAGCUGGCCCGCCGCGGCCACCACGUGACCGUGCUCUCUCACUUCCCCCAGGACGACGCACCGCCUACCUACGAGGACCGCAGCCUCAAGGGCGCCGUACCUUCCAUCGUCAAUACCUUCUCUGUCGACUUCGCAAUGAGCUCCAGCAUGAUUAAAUUCAUCUGGUUCGAGAUGCAGUCCUUCUGCAGGCCCAACUUCGAGCAUCCGGUCACCAAAGAGCUGAUCAAAAACAAGGAAAAGUUCGACGUCAUCCUUCUCGAGGUGUUCGGGCCGGACUGCUUCGCAGCCUUCCACCACCACCUGGGGGGAGUCCCAGUGGUGGGAAUGACGAGCAGUGUGAUGCUGCCCUGGGGAAACUCCCGCGUAGGCAACCCCGACAACCCGGCCUACAUACCCAACUACUUCAUGCCCUUCAGCUCGCGCAUGAACUUCUGGGAGCGCCUCGUCAACACGGUGUCCACCUUCGCCACGAGCGUGGGCUUUGACCUCUUGGUUCCAGGACCAGUAGAUGAACUGAACAGGGAGUAUUUUGGGAACGAAGUACCAAAGACGCUAGACCUGGUGAAGAAUCUCAGCCUUUUCCUGGUGAACAGCCACUUUAGCAUCAACUUUCCUCGACCGCUGCUGCCGAAUGUCGUAGAGGUCGCCGGCAUACACGUUCCGACAACUGCGAAACCACUUCCAAAAGACCUGCAGGAGUUCCUGGACGGGGCGCCCGGAGAGACCGGCGCAGUGCUGUUCACGUUCGGCUCGCUGGUGCGGGCGGACACCCUGCCCAUUGACAAGCUGCUGGCGUUCACCGAGGCCUUCCGCCAGCUGCGGCCGCAGCGCUUCAUCUGGAAGCUGGACGCGGGGGCGGCCGCCGCCAGGGGCGUCGCCCUGCCCGACAACGUGCUCGCCGCCAACUGGCUGCCGCAGUUCGACGUGCUCAGCCACCCCAAGUUGCGGGCGUUCAUCUCCCACGGCGGCCUCAUGGGGACGCUGGAGGCGGUGCACUGCGGAGUGCCGGUGCUGGGGAUCCCGCUGUUCGCCGACCAGAAGCUCAACGUGCCCAACAUGGUGCGCCACGGCGUCGCCGUCCAGCUCGACAUCUACCACAUCACCACUGACCAGGUCGUCGACGCCCUGCGCAAGCUCACCGCUCCAGGAUCUGAGUACUGGACGCGGGCCAAGCAGCUGUCUGCACUGUUCCGGGACCGGCCCCGGCCGCCGCUGGAGGAGGCGGCGUCCUGGGUAGAGUACGUGGUCCGGCACCGGGGGGCGCCGCACAUGCGGUCAGCCGCGCUGGACCUGUCCUGGUACCAGUACCUGCUGCUAGAUGUCGUCGCCUUCGUCGUCCUGACCGCCGCAGCCGCGCUGGCCGUGCUCUGGGUCCUCUGCAGAAAGCUGAUCUCUCUGGCGCUGCCGCCCACGAGGGCGCCGCGCAAGGCGAAAGCAUCGUGAGGAACUGCAGCGCUGGCUCCAAGACGUCACGUGCCGCGAGGAGCAAAGACUAGUUGAUCAACUGCCGUGCUGCAUUUAUUUAUAUUUAUUUCGAACCACGACCGCACGCAAAUAACCGCAUCAUUGUGGAUUUUCAACUUAUCGCGGCGUAUUGAAUAAUCCAUUAAAUUUCGGGCAUGCAGUCGCGCAAAUAAAAUUUCCUCCACUGAUAUUUCGGCGGCGUAUCGUCCGGCCAUCCUCAGAGUGAGUGACCUACUCUGAGGAUGGCCGAAAUAUCAGUGGAGGAAAUUUUAUUUGCGCGGUUGCAUGCCCGAAAGUUACUGGAUUAACCGCAUCUUUGUUUAGGUUGUGCAGAACAUGAUUUUUGUCAUCAACGUACAUUGCCUCCCCAUCACUCGCCUUCAGCAAGGCGUUCAGUUUACCCACAAGAGAUAUGCAUUUUUGAAGUGUCAUUACAAAGCUAACGCAGAGAGGUCCAUUCAGAUGUACCGUGGAAUCUGUAUACGCAUUUCAAGGGCAACUUCACAAUUUGUAUCUGAUACGUGCAAUGGACAUGACACUGCAGAGCACACUGCAAGGGCCUUUCGCCGGUUUGUGGCAAGUGUCACAGCUAAGAGGUCGCUAUUCCUUUGUUAUAUGAAUUGAAGGUACAACGACCACUGUUUUUUUUUUUAGAUUUUGUGUUGCACUUUAUUGUAGUGCUGAAUCUCUGUUCUAAUAUUUUAUGCUUCGGCUGGAAUAGAAAACGGCUUCAUAGUAUCCCGAUAAGUGUCCAAAAACCACGAAAUUAGGAGCUACAACAUGCAGCACAUUAAGUGUUUACAUCGUAAGCAUGUUCAUUACUAUUUUCUUGACCUUUUUUAGUCCGUUUCCUCUCUCUUAUAGGCAAUCACAAAGUAGUAUUCAACAUUUUAACGGGUUUAUUUGUCGCAUUUUACUACAUUAAAAAAUAAAUAUAUAAAAAGAAGAUUUGAAUAAGCAUGCAAAAUCCAUCUAACAUUGAAAAAGAAAAAUACACUUCAUUCUGUUGUACAGACACUCUCACAUAGGAGUGAAUUUUGCACUACUUUCUUGCAGUAAUGUGGUGCCUUGCAAAGUUCGUUGUUUGUAUGCAUAUCACGUUGAGCGGCAGGCGAGUCAACUUCUGACAGUGGCGUUAUUCAGAUGCGGUGUCGUGCGUCGUGGGGUCAACUAUCGGCCGCUGUCAGCUGCUCGGCUCUUGGAGCACCCACCUCUCGCUCGGUCACCUCCUCCGCUGGCAUUGCGAGGCUGUGUGCUCCCACCAAAAGAGAAAUCCGCGGCAGUACCAGGAAAAUAAACCCGUGUCCUCCGCACUGCAGCCAGGCGCGCUUACCUCUCUGUUACGCCGCCAGACAAACAAUCUUAUUUACGGACUUUUUAUAUUCCAACCACAGACCAUAUUAUUUUACACACGGUAAUAAAUUUCGGUUUAUGGUGAUUAACUUGGAGGCCUAGAAAAUAAUAAGACAGGGGCGUUCAAUCUCAUCGAGCCAGCGCCGGCAGCUGGCGCGCUCAGCUGUACGCUUGUCUGUCGUCGCUGCACCUUAGUCUGCUAAAGUGUUGUGCAAAGUCAACAUGACAGUUCGAACAGUUUGUAUUUGGUACUCACAUUCUCACAUAAAACGACGAGCCUUUCUGGCUUGUUAGUUUCUGACCAUACCAUAUUUAUAUGUCGCUGAAAAAUUGUUUGUACUGUGAUACCUCUUACUACUUUGUAGAACUUCAGAAUGGUCAUCAUACAUUGUAAUUGACUACCUGAUGAUUGGAAUAAAAAUAAAAGAGUUUAUCAAAACUAGA